AUGGACACGGACAACUCUGCAAAGUCGCGAGGAGGGACAGGCACCUCGAAGAAACAGCCUGAAUUCUCCCUCGUGUCGGCGAUCCACGCAUCCGAGUAUUCCUUCGUGAAAGACACCGGCGAGAAACCCGCGCACCAGUUCGAAGUAAUCCUAGAGCCCUCCGCAUACAGUGAAGAGAAGUACGCUCUAUACGAGAAAUACCAAAAGGAAAUACAUCUGGAUGACGACAAUCGUCCGUCUGGUUUCAAGCGCUUCCUUGUCGAGUCGCCGCUGCACCACGAGCUAAUGCCGUAUCCAAGUACGCCGCCUGCCCAUCUCCCACCCACCUUCGGAUCGUAUCAUCAGCUGUACAGAGUGGACGGAGAGCUCAUCGCCAUGGGCGUGAUCGAUAUCCUUCCUGGCUGUGUGUCCAGCGUGUACUUCAUGUACGACAAGAAGUGGGAGCAGUACUCGCUCGGUAAGCUGAGCGCUAUGCGGGAGACGGCCCUCGCGAAAGAAAUAAAUGACGCCGGCGUCACUGGGGUUGAUUCAUUAUACAUGGGCUUCUACAUCCACUCUUGUCAAAAGAUGCGGUACAAGGGCGAGUAUUCCCCGUCCUACCUGCUUGAUCCCGAAGACUACACUUGGUACCCUCUAAGCAAUUGCAUUCCCUUAUUGGAGGGAAAGAAAUACGCUUCCUUUGCACAUCCAGAGCACUCUAUCCGUGAUGGGGAGCAAGUGCCGGGCCGCCGCGUGGCGCCUACUGUGAGUGACGACGAUCUGAGGCAAGUGAACGUUGUCGCGGGUGUGCGAGGGCACCAAAUUGUCGUUGUCCCGAUGAAUGAGUCGGCUGCGUACAACCGCGCGCAGACGCGUGUCACACUUCUGGAGAAUAUUGAUGCACUGGGGUUGGCUCUUUCGAAGGAGAUGAUAUGGUACAUCACGCCUGUGGGGUUUGUGGAUGAUGACGACGACGAGCAGGAGGAGAAGGAGAAGGAGGAAGUUGAAGCGAAGCUGGUGAGGUAG